AUGAUAGAGGUACUGACAACAACUGACUCUCAGAAACUGCUACACCAGCUGAAUGCCCUGUUGGAAUAGCAGCUGAGAUGUCAGCCAAAGGUCUGCGUUGCAAGACUGAGGAACUUUGAAGUAAAAGAUCUUCUUAGUCUAACUCAGUUCUUUGGCUUUGACACAGAGACAUUUUCUCUAGCUGUGAAUUUACCAGACAGAUUCCUGUCUAAAAUGAAGGUCCAGCCCAAGCACAUUGGGUGUGUUGGACUAAGCUGCUUCUAUUUGGCUGUAAAAUCAACAGAAGAGGAAAGCAAUGUUGCAUUGGCAACUGACUUAAUCUGAGUAAGUGUGUAGAGGUUCACGGUUUCAGACCUGAUGAGAAUGGAGAAGAUUGUACUGGAGAAGGUGUGUUGGAAAGUCAAAUCUACUAUUGACUUUUUGUUUCUACAACUCUGUCAUUCACGCCUUCAAGAGAAUGUGCCACAUGAAAAGAGUAGCCUUAAUUUUGAAAAACUAGAAGCCCAAAUUAAGACAUGCUACUGCAGGAUCAUAUUUUCUAAAGCAAAGCCAUCUGUGUUGACAUUGUCUAUCAUUGCAUUGGCGAUCCAAGCACAGAAGUGUAUAGAGUUAACAGAAGGAGUAGAACAUCUUCAGAAACUUUCCAAGAUCAGUGGCAGAAAUUUGACUUUCUGGCAAGAUCUCGUAUUCAAGUGUUUAACUGAACAUUCAUCGAACAAGUGUGUCAAACCAAAUAUUCUGAAGUUGAAGUGGAUUGUUUCUGGGCGUAGUUCAUGGCAACUGAGACAUAGAUACUACAGAAUAACCCACCUUCCAACAAUUACUGAAAUGGUCCUUUAA